AUGGCUCCAACUCCCUCGGAACCAACUCAUCAUCCUCCCUUCAGUCACUCUGACUGCCUUAGAAUUCACACACGCCGUUGCGUUACUUCGCCAUCAUCAGACCAGGCAGUAUCAUUUCCCAUCUACGAGGCUUCGACACACAAGAGAAAUUCACAGAGAAGAGCGCCAAUUAGUCCAGUAGAGAUUCCAAAGAGGCGGACAGGCCGAUUGGACGCACUCCCCGAUUGGGGUCUUCUAAGACCAGUGACCCUGGAUGGUUCUUCCAACACCGGAGGUCGACCAAAGAUCCUCAAGUCGGACGCAAAUCCUGCUGUUCGCAGUCAGCACAGUUUGGUAAACUCAUCCCAGGGGGUGGAUCAUUCAUUGUCCAUCCCCUCGGUUCCACCAGACCGACUCAAUCAACUGCCCAGGCCUCCAGCUGCCGGCCCUCGUGAAUCUUCGAUUUGGCCAACAAACACUGCCGUGGUACAAACCCAAGGCAAUCCGGAGGUAUUGAACCACAAUAAAAUGCACCAAUUGGUGCACAGGGACGACUAUCUUCCUGCACGUGGUGCAAACCCAAGGACUGGUGUUGUAACGCCUGGAGAACAUAGUGCGAACGGUUCAAUGAGUUCACCUCAGGCUAAGGAUCUCCAAAUUCAAGACUUUCCGUCUCGCUGGAGACAGAGAGGAGACCAAGAGAUCAGCUUGGAUCAUGGUGAGCCCUCGCCAUCAGCUUCCACCUCCCUACUCGAAGAAAUGCCCCAGAUACUAUCCCAACAUCUCUCUCAGAACCCGCGACUCUCUCAACGGCUUGCCCAGGCCAAUGCUAACAUGCGGGUCACCGAUGGUCAGAGUCCAUUCCUGUCCGGGGCAAGAUUUCCAAGGUCGGCUGGUCAAUCAUCUUUCGAUGAUAUAUCUACAAGUUUCCAUAUGCGACAGCUUCCGGAUGGGAUAGGCAUAUAUCAAGAUGGUAAAACAGACGUGCCAGCACGGCGAAAAUUCUCAUACGAAUACAACGCGGAUCCUGAGUUGAAACGAAAGCCUGUACCAAGUCCUCUGGGUCAAGCUCAAUCACAAGAUAGAGGCUCGGGGGAUCUUGACAAUGAUGGCAGUGGAGAGACGGUGGUAAGGCGACUCAGAUUUCCCGCCGAUAUACGGGCGUCUUCGGCUCCAGAUCCUCCAAAGUGGCGUUAUUUCACUCCUGCGGAUAUCGGUAAAGAUCUUCCAUCCCUCCCUCCUGAGGCGAGGGAAAGCGAGCUUGUCACACAGCCAGUGCAGUCGCAUGCCGAUGUUUCUUUGGACCAGUCGCGCCCCAAGAAAGGGCCAAGCGACCCAGGUUCAAAAACCUCCGGCACCUCUGGCCGUCCCAGCAUCGACAAAGAACUACCAUGUCUGCCGACGAACAAUGGCCAAUCCCGGUCGACAUUAGAAGUGACGAAUCUUUCAACAAACAAAGGAGACAGGUUACAGCCCUCAGUGACGAUGCCGCUCAAUUCACAGCCCAGGACGCCGGCCGGUCCCCGGGGCGGGAACCCAGCUUACCCCUAUACGAGACCCGCGUACCACUCGGAUCCACGACCGAUUACAUCGAACGUCAGGCACCUCUACGUGGACAAGGCAAUGCCAGUCCCAACGUACGACAACCCUCCCAGAGGGACGUCGCCGCUAGUGAGAAACUCAGCGCCGCUGGUGGAAGGACCAAGGCCGAUGCCGCUACACAAACCAAGAAUGCCUCAAUAUCCCCGAGAUGCUUUCCCACAAGAGGUGAACAGCACUUUCACCUCCACAAACAUGUCUACCUUCGCACAGCCUAUGCAAGCGGGACCGCGACAAGCGCCUCCUUUCCCUGGCCAUAGAAUGAUGAACCAGAACCAGAAGGGAUACCCUGCCCGAACGAAUUUUUUAGGGCUUUCGGACACGAGCAUGAACAUCAGCAUGAACAUGGGAAGCGACCACGUCAUGGCGUCGAUGCCAAUGCCAAGAAUAAGACCGCGAGGAACCCGUCCUCCGAUGCCCAAGAGACCAGAAGGAUCAUUCGGGGUGCCUUCGACGCAUGUUCGGCCGGUCGUGAGCGAGACAGGCUAUUACGUGCCAUGGAGUGCCCCUCCUCUCUACGGACAGGGCCUCGCAGAGCGUCAUGGACACGACGCAGACCUUAUCCCAUCACCACUGAAGCCGCGAUUCCCCACCAACCCAGACCAGCUCCUGAUGAGCAGCAUCAGCAAUCUGCCCGAAUCAACCAAAGCCACAACAACAGGAUUGGGGUUGAUGAGGAAAUGCAGUCGUUGCAAUCACGGGUUCGUAGAAGACAAAAUCCUCACUACGGAUGGUGUCAUCCCUACAUCCGGCCAUGCCAGCCAAAACGAAGUCACCGGAGGAGGCCACAAAGGGGCGCGUCCGACUAAAACCAUCGGUCUCGACUCCGUCAGGGAGGACAAUAGUGAGAUCGAAGGUGACGCAUUCGCCAGGACGGGUCUACAUUCACCCAAGCAUGAAACCCAGGAACGACAUCUGAAUCAUGAUAAAUGCUGCCCAGACUGUUGCAAGAAAGAAGACUGUCACGGGGGUUGUGUGGGACAUGCUAGUCCGAAUUCGACGCCGAGCCCAACGAAGAGCAUCUGGUCGGAGAUGGAUUGUGUAAGCAGUGCCAGUGAGCUUGAGGACUGGGAAAUGGACAGUGUCAAGUCUGAAAAGUAUAGAAGAAAUCGGUUUGCAUUUGUGAGGUCAGCAUUCAAGCGAUCGACGAAGCACGACCGGCCUAGCUCAAACAGCAGCAGCGCGAGCACCAGUCCUGGCUUGGACAAGUCUUCCUCAGGAUCUCCAACACUGGAUUGUGUGGGACUUGCAAGUCCGGCUGCCUCGACUUUGAGUGGAGAAAGUGGUGGGCACACCGAAGGACUAAAUGCAGCAAUGAAGGCUGCUGGAUCCAGAACGAGAACUGCAAGAGAUGGUGGAACAUGUCGUCGUCAGCUAAGGAGCUCGAGCUCACCCAACAUUGGAAUCGGGGCAUUUUUCGGAACAGGCGGUGGUGCACCCGGCCAACCAUCGGCAGGUUCGUCGAUUAGUGUUCCUCGAUCGAAGAUGGGCACUCCGCGAGGUCUCGCAAUUGAUUGCACAGGCAGUGGCAAGGGCCGUAGCAUCAGCGGCAACAGUGUCUCAACCAUCGAAGUACAGAUGCCAGGUCUAGGGUCGUUUGGGUUUGGCGCGAUCGGGGAGAUGGCGAUUGUUCCAUUUGAUGCUACCAGAAUGUGGAUUCGGAACCAUCCUCAGGUGAUGCAAAUGGGCUGGGCUAUUAUCGAGCGAGCGUGGCAGAUGGGACAAGUGAUGAUGUUGACGGGGUGGAGACUAUGGACCCUUGUAUUUGUCUAUUCAAAAACAGGGAGGUUCAAGUUGAGCGUCAAAAAAGGGGAUUCUGCAGGAGGGUUUCUGGUCGACUGUGCACGCAGCGCUCUAUACUUGAUGAUUUUUGCAGCGGUGGGAGCGUUCCUCAUGCGAGUAUUGAGCGUACUGAUGGGAGCUUUGGGGGCUAUUGGCUGGGUGCUCACAGGAGCCUGCUGGAUCGUCAAGAAGGUUCUCGGUGUUGGACUUGUGAAGUAGGAUUUGAUGCCUCAGAGCUUCUUCACUGCGAAGAAAAGCCCAUUCGGGAGUGGUGGGAAUCCGUGCAUUAUUCUUACGAUAGCCUGCUUGUUGGACAGCCUUUAGAUAGCAUUGAUAGUAACAAUUGUCACGAAAGUAUUCA